AUGUCUCUCUCUACCCGUUUAUCCACACUUCACGACAUACCCCCCUCUUUGUUGGGAGUCUCACUAUUAGCCUGCGUUGCAAUUGCAUAUACGAUUACCAAAAUGCUCGGCUUUGGUCGCAAGAAUGAGUUUCCCGUGGAAGGUCGAACCAUUUUAAUCACCGGUGGCUCCGAUGGCACUGGUCGUGCCCUUGCCAUCCAGCUCGCCGCCAAGGGUGCUCAUGUCGCGAUUGUGGCUCGGACAGUCUCUAAGCUGCAAAGCACUGUGCAAGAGUUGCAGACCGAAGCCUUGCAUCCUGUGCAGCAGCGCUUCCACUAUAUCAGCGCAGACCUCAUUGACAACAAUGAGUGCGAGCGGGUCAUGGCUGAAGUCACUGAGUGGAAUGAUGGCUCUCCUCCAGAUAUUGUCUUCUGCUGUGCUGGGUUUUGUCUUCCUGGUUUCUUCGCAGACGUGCCCAUCGCAACUCAGCGGCAACAGAUGGACACAGUCUACUGGACAGCCGCGAACAUGGCUCAUGCCACUCUGCGCAAGUGGCUCACUCCUAUCCAACCAAGCAAUCAGACCAAAACUCCUCGUCGGCAUCUGAUUUUCUGCGCUUCCGUUGUUGCUUUCGCUCCAAUCGCUGGCUACGGUCCAUACUCUGCUGCAAAGGCUGCUCUCCGUUCCUUAUCCGACACUCUCAGCCAGGAAGUUGAGAUGUACAACGGAGCAUACUCUCAGCGACACCGUGAAGUAGCCCCUGCUGCUGAUGUGAAAAUCCACACUCUCUUUCCCAUGGGCAUCCUCACCCCGGGCUAUGAUAAUGAACAACAACUGAAACCUGCGCUGACCAAGAAGCUGGAGGAGUCAGAUCGACCUCAGACACCGGAGGAGGUCGCACGCAUCACCAUUGCUGCCCUGGAGAGGGGAGAAUAUCUGAUCACGACCAUGCUCAUGGGGAACAUCUUGAAAGGCUUUUCACUUGGCUUGAGCCCUCGCAACGGCCUCAUUGGUGACACACUGAUCGGCUGGCUUAGCAAUCUGGUCGCUCUGCAAGUGAUUCCCGACCUUCGCAAAAAGGCGUUCAAUUGGGGUCAGAGCCAGGGACUCCCCAAGCCUGUGAGUCAGGCUUCUGCAUCCUCCUGA